AUAAAAUGACGUCAUAUCUAAUCGACUUGAGUCAGUGGAAUUUCCCUCAUUCUAUUCUAAAGCAAGUAGAAUCAGAAUCGAAAUCAUACGAUUUGUGAUUGUAAAAUGUCAACGAAAAUGGUUCCGCUUCCCAACGAACCAGAAAGCAAGAUUGACGUCAACUUGCUUCCAUCCUACGAAGAAUCAACCAAGUACCCUCCGGUUCACGAGGGCAGCAAGCCAGUAAACAACAAGGAUGCAUUCGAAGCAAGAUGCAACAAACUGAAGUGUUUUCAGAUCGGUCUAGGCUUUUUGGCGGUAUUACUCGUGCAACGUCGACCACCCGGAGAGGCUGGAAUCGAGUUUGCCUUCCUGUUUCUGACAUUCCACUCGUCGGUCCUCACGUUAAUCAUCCUACUGGAUGGAAUCAACAUAGGAGCGCUUAGAAAAGUGCUACAACUGGAUCAGUGCUGGAACCGAGUUGAACUGUACUACACCGGUGUGGUUGGUCUGCUUAUGUAUUCCGUUUCCUUCUGGAUAUUGGCCACCUGCCUUGGCUACAGCAGUUACCCCAGUUCGGUCAACAUUUUGGCUGGCGCGGUGGGGAUAGCCAAUUGCCUGGUCUACGGCUUCCAUUGGUGUUUGCUGUUUCAGCAAAGGAUGCAGCUGCUAGAGCAAGGGGAGAUAUGAAUCUCGGGUUUUCAUCAACACAUUAAUUAAACCAGCAUUCUCUGUAUUAAGUAUAGUUUGCAGAAAAUCUCAAUAAAUAUAUCAUCAGUAGUAGCAUAUAUGUAGAGUCUGACCUAAUGAUUAGGGCUGUGCAAAUAUCGAUAAAAUCGAUAAUAUCGAUAUUAUCGGAUGAAAUUUAUCGAUACGAUACCCGAUAUCAUUGAACUCAAAUAUCGUCGAUAUCGAUAAAUCUUUGCAAUCGAUUAAAAAAAAAUGAUGCCAAUUAAAUCAACUAAACUACA